CUUCAUUCUUUUUUUUUUUUUGUGUGUUUCGGCUGCUUUCGAUUUCUUCAAAGCUCAAACAGACUUUCAAGAAACACCAAACCCCAACAGGCUUGUUGCUGCUUCUGUUUCAAAAAAAUCACAAAACCAACGGAAAUGGCGAGCACGAACGGCGGCGCAAAGCACGCGAAUGGACACGCUGCUGCAACGCCAGUGCGCGGCUCGGCGUCGUCGCUGCAACGCGCAGAGUCGCUCGAUACGCCCGUCUCGCGUAGGCUGCGCGAGGAGGUGCAGUCGCAGAGCGCACCGUCUCCUCUGCGCAAGUUCCGCGUCGGCAAGCUGCAGAUUUCAGCCCUGUUUGACCGCCUCAGAACGCUGCUCUCGGACUGCAGCGCGUUUCUCGCUGCCACCCACAUUGAGGCGGACGAUUUCAUGAAGGAACAGAAGGAAAUUGGCGUCUUCUCGUCGCAAGUGAGCAGCAUCUCCAAGCUGUUCGAGCGCGAUCACAUGAAGGUGGUCUUUGUCGGCCAGACGUCCAACGGCAAGAGCACCGUCGUCAAUGCCAUGUUGUACAACCGCAUUCUCCCGUCGGGCAUCGGCCACACCACCAAUUGCUUUGUCAGCGUGUCGGGCAGCGACGCUAACACGCCCUACAUUAUCGACUCGCUCUCGUCCGAGCAGCAGCCGAUUUCCAACGUUCUACAGCUUGCCAACGCUCUCCAUCCUGAAGGCUCCCUCAACCAGAGCGGUCUAAUUCGCGUCUUUUGGCCCACCACCAAGUGCCGUCUUCUUGGAGACGAUGUCGAUCUGAUUGACAGUCCCGGCCUCGAUCUGUCCAACGACAUCAACCAAUGGAUUGACGACUACUGCAUGGACGCCGAUGUGUUUGUUCUCGUGGCGAAUGCCGAGGCCACGUUGAAAGUGGCGGAGCGCGCCUUCUUCUUCAAGGUCAACGAAAAGCUCUCCAAGCCCAACGUGUUCAUUCUGAACAACCGCUGGGAUGCGAGUGAUAACGAGAUUGACGACUCGCCCGAGCGGGUUCGCGAGCAGCACCUCGAGUAUGCGUCCAAGUUCUUGGCAGACGAGCUCAAGGUGGUGUCGCGUUCCAAGAUUCUAGACCGCGUCUUCUUUGUGUCUGCCCGGGAGACCCUCCUUUACCGCACCACCGAGAACUGGACCCGGUUCAAAGAGUCGCAGGCUGUGCGCGAUCGCUACGACGAGUUUAGGCGCUUCGAGCAGGCCUUUGAGCGCACCAUCUGCAAGUCGGCCAUGAAGACCAAGUUUGAGCAUCGCAUCGUGCGCGGCCUUGACAUUGCGUACUCGCUGGCCGAAAUUGCUGGCAAAGCCGAGACCUUGUCCAAGGAACAAAUCUCGGGCCGCAUCAAGGAAAUCAACGAACGCAAGGAGAACGCCGCGCGCAUCCGACAGCUGGGCGAGCGCAGCCUCAAGUGCUGCUCCGCCCUGGUUGAUCGUCUUGCGGCUACAUCCCGUGCCUCGGUGGCCCGCGCCAUGAACGAGGAGAUUGACCACGUUUUGCCUCACAUUGUCGCCGAGUUUAGCUAUUCGCAAUUCCGCCCACAGCAUCUCCUUCAGUACAAGCGAAUGCUGAACGACCACAUUGAGGGCCAUCUUGGCAGCGACUUGAACAAAAAGUGCGCCGCCCGUCUCAUCAUGGCGUUUGAUGAAACCAAGUCCGAGAUGCAGCGCAUUGUGGCCAACGUCCUCGUCGUUCCCGACGCAAGUUCAAGCAGCAUGCUUGCCAAUGGUGCGUCAGCUUUGCUCGAGACGUUGAACAACGGCACCACGACCUCGGCUGCCGAGGACGCCGAACUCGAGUCGCUCGCUGUUCCUGCCGACGUGGUCAUUCCGGCCAUUCUGAAAGCCAUCCAGACGCAGUCCAUCUCCACCAACGGUUCGCUCAUCGAGUUCAACCUGGAUUGCAAGGGGCUCUCUGAUAACUUUGAGGAGGACAUUGCCUUCCGGUUUUCGUUGGGCUGGCACACUGUUGGACCCAAGCUGCUCGGUCCCCGCCUCUAUCCUGCAUUCUCUGUGGUCAUCUCUGCUGUUGCGAGCAAGUUUUCGAUUGCCUCCGGCUUUGCCAACGCUCGCCAGCAAAACAUGCGCAGCGCUGCUGCCCUUGCGUCAGGUUCCCCCACCCCUGCGGCGGGCACCAUCGCGCGGACUGCCUCGUAUGUGAGCGUCCAUACCGCCCAGUUCAACGGCGACGCAGCAGCGGGCUCCGCGUCCGAGCUGGCGUUGGCAGCAUCGGCAUCGCAGGAUGCCGUCGCCUCCUCAAGCGUCACCGCUGAGGCGGCGCUCACGCUUGCUGAUCGCGUGGGCCUGGUUUUGUCCACCCCGUCCUCGUACGCGGUGGUGACCAUCCUUGCGACACUGGUAACCCGCCCGGGAGUCUGGAAGCUGGCGGCCUUGUCGGGCGCAGCUUUCGGCAGCCUUUAUCUGUACGAGUAUGCCCUGUACACGAAUGGCGCGAAAGAACGCCGCUUCAAGGAGCAGUUUACUCGUCACGCUGCCUCCGAGCUGCGCCGUUCUGUUCGCCAGACCAGCCACACCGUCAGCAUCUCCCUCCAAAGCCGCCUGUCCUUUUACGUCGACGAGCUGCGCAACGCUGUGCGUCAGACCGAAGCAACCUUGACGGCCGAGAUUGCGCGAGCUGAGCGCGAAGUGGCCAUGAUGCAGGAUGCCAUUUCGAAAGCGGGUCUUCUCCACCACGAGGCUCUUUCCAUUCGCAAAGGCCUGGCGGAUGCACAAGAGACCUUCAUCGAUGCCGAGCAGUCUUCGAGCAGCGGACACGAGGAAGCGUAAAUCGUCAGCCUGGUUUUUUUCCCGUUGAAUUUACCCCCAGUCGCUGCCUUGUCGUUUGAAACUUUUGGAAUAUUUUGAUUUGGUGGCCAACAAGCAUUUUUUCAAAUCGCUUUUACCUCUUGUUUGUUUUUCUCUUUCUUUUUGAACGGCUGACGGGCCUUGUUUUCGAUUGUAUUAUUGUUUUUGAUUGUAUUAUUGUGGUGUAUUGCGUGUUUUUUGUUUUUUAACAACAAAUACAAAACGAAAAAGAAGCGGUCCC